AUGCAACAAGGAGGUAAUGUAAGUAGCACUUCAGGAGAGUCGAAGGCCGAUCCAAUAAGUGAAGCACAACGACUAGUGCCUGCGAUGAAGCAAUCAUUGGGAGAUCUUGUAAAAGUUGCUUGCGAAACUCUUAUUCAUAGAACGUCACUGGAUGGAAGUGCUGAGAAAAUGGAAGGAGUAAACGUUAUAGUAUCUGGCCAAUUUGACAGACAACUUGAAAAGUUUUACAGUGUCUGUGAUAAACUACAGAUAUGCUUGACUACUGCCUUGGAUGCUGUGGUUCAGUCUCAAGACAGUGCUGAGAUGUACAAGAUGGUCGAUACUUGUGGAUCUAGUGAAACACAGUUGCCACGAACUCACCAAACUACUCUAACAUAUGAUCAGUGUUUGGCCGCAGCAGAGAGGCGAUCUGCUGAGAUAAAAGAAAUGCAUGAUGUGCUACAGGAAUUCACUCAUAGUUUGGAAACAUAG